AUGGCCAUUCAUACUGCAGCAAACAUGCACGAAACAUCCCCAAAUAACGAAAAAUGGGCGGAUGAUCAAGUCGAGAAGUCAAUCAGCGAGAAACACGUUGGUUCCAAGCAUCAUGAUCCAAACUGGACGGGCGAGGAUGUCGAUACAUCCGGCGUUGAUCCUCAAAAGACGCUUCGCAAGAUGGAUCUACGCCUCAUCCCGAUGCUGGCUCUGCUUUACCUGCUCAGUUUCUUGGAUAGAUCAAACAUCGGAAAUGCUAAGAUUCAAGGCAUGCAAACCGACCUGAAGCUAACAGGUCCGGAAUACAACCUCUGUGCGACUGUUUUCUUCUUCACUUACUGCGCAUUUGAGAUUCCCUCAAACCUUCUCCUCAAGCGCUUUCGACCAUCGAUCUGGCUUCCUUCGAUCAUGGUCGCAUGGGGCCUCGUGAUGACGCUCAUGGGCCUCGUGACUUCGUACCAUGGGCUCCUCAUUUCCCGUAUUUUCCUAGGUGUUGCAGAAGCGGGCUUGUUCCCGGGGGUUGCUUUUUAUCUCACGUCAUGGUAUGUAAGAGAGGAGCUUGCAUUCCGUCAAGGUCUAUUUUUCAGCGCUGCGAGCGUGGCCGGUGCUUUCUCGGGUCUCCUUGCAUAUGCAAUCGCCAAGAUGGAUGGAGUAGGUGGAAGGACCGGAUGGCAAUGGAUCUUUAUCCUUGAAGGCAUUUUGACAGUGGUAGUGGCAUUUGCUGCUUACUUCCUACUCUACGAUUUCCCUGAUACCGCCAGCUUCUUGACGGUUGAAGAGAAAGCUUGGGUUGUGCAUCGUCUGAAAUACCAAGGGAGUGAGAAGACUGGAAGACUCGUGGCUGAAAGUGAUCAUUUUGAAUGGAAAUAUGUUGUGCAAGCGGUUACUGACUGGCAGCUAUACCUGUCUCUGUUCAUGUAUUGGGGAAUCGUUUGUCCUUUGUACUCCAUCUCGCUUUUCCUACCUAGCAUUAUCAAAGAAUUGGGCUAUAUAUCGACCACAGCUCAGUUACUGACCAUCCCAAUCUACAUUACUGCGGCAAUUCUCGCAGUUGUCGUCUGUUGGUUGGCCGACCGAGCGAGCAAGCGAGGAGAAUCGCGAUGGCCUUACGUCUUCUUCCCAAUGUGUGCUAUUCUGGUCGGGUUCGUCAUGGCCAUCUCGGCAUCCGCAGUCGGAGGCGUUCCUGGUGUCGUAUAUGCCGGUGUCUUCAUCGCCACUUGUGGAAUUUACCCAGCGUUCCCCAACAACAUCACUUGGAUCAGCAACAAUCUUGCAGGAAGCUACAAGCGCGCCGCCGGAAUGGCAUUCCAGAUCGGCGCUGGCAAUCUCGGUGGUGCCAUGGCGAGCAACUUCUACCGUGCCCAGGACGCGCCCAAAUACUUGCUCGGCCACGGCUUGGAUAUCGGUUUUGUCGUCUUGGGCCUCGCCGCCGUUGUCACUCUGAGAAUCGCCUAUGGUCGGAUCAACAGCAACAGGGAAAAGAGCGGUGCCGCUGAAGGACUCACAGACAAGGAGCUCUCUGACUUGGGUGACAGGAGCCCUUCAUUCAGAUAUACGCUAUAG